GUCAUGAACACCACUGAGUGGCCUCCACCAGCGGGGCCUCCCGAGGCCUGCCACCAGCUGUCGGCCGGCGGGCACAGUCGCCUGAUCGUGCUGCACUACAACCACUCCGGCCGGCUGGCGGGGCGCGAGGACGGCAGCCCCGGCGCGCUGCGUGGGCUGUCGGUGGCCACCAGCUGCCUGGUGGUGCUGGAGAACCUGCUGGUGCUGGUGGCCAUCUCCACGCACAUGCGCUCGCGGCGCUGGGUCUACUGCUGCCUGGUCAACCUCACGCUCAGCGACCUGUUCACCGGCGUCGCCUACCUGGCCAACGUCCUGCUCUCGGGCGCCCGCACCUUCCUCCUGGCCCCGGUGCAGUGGUUCCUGCGGGAGGGGCUGCUCUUCACGGCGCUGGCCGCCUCCACCUUCAGCCUGCUGCUCACGGCCGGCGAGCGCUUCGCCACCAUGGCACGGCCCUGCGUGUCCGAGAGCCAGGCCACCAAGCGGGGCCGCGUGUACAGCCUCAUCGGCCUGUGCUGGCUGCUGGCCGCACUGCUGGGGCUGCUGCCGCUGCUGGGCUGGAACUGCGUGUGCGCCUUCGAGCGCUGCUCCAGGCUGCUGCCGCUCUACGCCAAGAACUACAUCCUCCUGUGCGCGGUGGUCUUCGCGGGCAUCCUGAUCGCCAUCGUGGUCCUCUACAGCGCCAUCUCUCGGGUGGUCCGGGCCAGCGGGAGGAAGGCCCAGCGCCCCUCUGCGCGCUCCAAGUCCCGGCGGCUUCUGAAGACGGUGCUCAUGAUCCUGGUGGCCUUCCUGGUGUGCUGGGGGCCGCUCCUAGGCCUGCUGCUGGCCGAUGUCUUCGGCGCCACCGGGUCGGCCCAGGAGUACCUGCGCGCCAUGGACUGGAUCCUGGCCCUCGCCGUGUCCAACUCGGCCAUCAACCCACUCAUCUACACGUUCCACAGUCGGGAGCUGCGCAGGGCAGUGCUGGCCUCCCUCUGCUGUGGGUGUCUGCGGCUGGGCCUGCGGGGGCCAGGGGACUGCCUGGCCAGGGCCACCGAGGCUCACUCUGGGGCGUCCACCACCGACAGCUCGCUGAGGCCCAAAGACAGCUUUCGGGGCUCCCGCUCACUGAGCUUCAGGAUGCGGGAGCCCCUGUCUAGCAUCUCCAGCGUUAAGAGCAUGUAAGGCCUUCGCAGGACAGACAGGCAGGGUCUGGGGCCCCGCAGUGUUCCGCAGCCUCCAGGAUCUGUGGCCCCAGCAGGGUCCCUCCCCAGAGCUACCUGGGACAGGGAGACCACAUGCUCUGGGAGCCUCUGUGGGGCAUUCUGGCUACGAGGCCAGACUGUGGGUUUCAAGCCCCAGUGACACUGAAGUUCAAAGAUGCUGUGGGCUGCUUGGGCCAUGUGGUCACUCAGUGCCGGUGUGCACAGGCAGCGGGCGGGGCUGUGCACUGGGCCUUUUAUAUAGGUGCCUCAGGGAGCAUGGCUGUGAGUUGGGGUGCUGUAUGGGGAGAGCCCCCGUGUCUGCUUGUGUGUAUGUGGGUGUGUGCAUGGGUGUGUGUGCGUGUGAGCGUACUUCAAAGGCUGUCCUUUUACUUCCUCUUUAGGGAUGCCAGCCCCCCACCUCCACCCUGUGUAGCCUCCUCCCCAGCUGGUUCAUUGUUUUU